GAAAAAGGGAGGGAUGUACAGGGGCCUCAAUUUCUGACUUUGUAUUGUUUCACUCAGAGUUGAUCAUACUUUGAUAAAUUAUCUUUAAUUUUUCAUGUAACAAGACUGUGAUUGUUGAAUUGAUAUCAUCUGUGAUCUAAAAUGGUCAAAAAUACGUAGAAAUUAAAAGUGCAGUACUAAAAAGUUAAAAAAUCUCAAAUUGACGUUAACUAUAUUCGAUUAAUAGUAGCGGGCUUUUAUACAGCCAUCUUGGAUUACAGUUAUAAAAUAUAAUAUGCGUUAACAAGAAAACUGUAUAAGUGGCGAGGGAGCUGUCAGUCAAGUUCCGUGGUUAUUUUAUUUUUUUUGUAUUUUUUUUUUAUAUUUUCUUCAACUGUUUCCAGAUUUAAAAUAUGUAAAUAUGAACUUUUAACUUUUAUUAAACGUUCAAUGUUCUAGAAUUUUACAUGAUUAAUUAACCUUAGAUAAACGAUAAAAGAUCUUCGCAGUUUAAUUUAUACAGUAUUGUGCGCGCGUUGUAUUUCGAGUACAGUUGAGAACUACGUCAAUUGCUUGCUCUACAUAUAUACAAUAUAAAACUAAUAAUAAACCUAUAAAUAGCCCUUUAUAGUUAAGAAAGCUGUUAUUUCAUGCUCUGAUUUGAUUAUCAGUGGUUAUUGAAAUUUGUUAUAUGGAGUUGGUAUACGUAAACUGUAAAAGUGAAUAACAAUGAGAAUGAUACGCGUGCGUAUUUGAGUAAAUUUGCAAAAAAAAAGUACUCAAAUUUAUUUUUUAACUACUGGAAACAACAUUCCAUCAAUCUAUCAUGAAUAGCUCCAGGUAAUAAAAUGAAAUGAGCUGCUUAUUAAGCAAGAAAGAAAACGUCAUCACAAUAAGAGAAUUUCUGCAAUAUAAACAUUGGAGAAAAUGAACAUGCUGAAAAAAUGAGAUACUCUGCAGUGCAAGAAGAUGGAUAUGGUAUCAGCUUGAAACAAAACAAUAUACAUCCUAAUAACAACAACAAUAGUAAUAAUGUAGAUGAUAGCAUAAUGGCUGCCACUGGUGAAAUACAACCAGUUGGUGAAAACACUGAAAACUGUUCAAUGAUUUACAAUCUUCCACUACUAUUUGCCAAUGGAUAUCCUACAUCCUUAGAAAAAAUAACACUGAGUCAACUGGAAAAAUUUAUUACUUUUAUGGUGAAAUGUUCUACGGAUCCAUCGGCUGAAAUGAAAAAACCUAUUUGGUGGCCUGAUGAAGUCAAAUUUUCAAUACCUGUGAUUCGACCACCAAAUGGACAAGGCAAAUGGUUUGAAAAUUUAAAGAAACUGGUAUAUCGAUGUUACAAUUAUCAUAGAAGUGAAUAUUUACUUCGUUUCUGUUCAUGUCUGGCGUUAUACCCGCCAGAAAAACUUCGUUAUGUUAACAAUUUUAAUUUUACAACUAAUCUUUAUCAUAAAAGUACUGGAAAGUUAUUGGCAACAUUUCGAAAUGAAAAUAUGAAUUAUGAUAAAGUUAAUGAGAGUCCAAGAAAAUCUUUGUUAGCGUUGAACAAUGGUAAUUUUAGUUUAUCAAAUAAAUAUAAAAAUUCACCACAAAAGAAACAUAAGCAGACUUCUUCAUCUUUGGUCGUUAUACAACCACAAACAGAAGAAAUUUAUUUAUGUGAAACUUGUGAUGCGGAGUUCGAGACGUUGGAUCAGAUGAAGGAUCAUGAAAGAACAUGUGGAGAAUUGAAGCCGACUAGCAGCAUAUCGCGGUCAACAACACCUUGUGAAAUAGAAUCUGAAGUUGAAUUAAAUGAGAAUCAAUUUUUGGAAUAUUUCCAUUUAAUUGCGGCUAAUCAGUUAGCUAAAAGGUCUUCACCGCCAGUUACUGAUAUUAUAAACAUUGAGACUGAAACUACCCGAACUACAAGAAAAAUCAGACCAUCAUUAAUUUUAACACGUCAUCCAACUAUUCCAUUUUCUUCACCGGCUGGUUUGGCUAUGGUUAAGAAAGCUAAAGGAAUGACAGAUGUUGUACAGCAAGAGCGACUAGACAGGAUAGAACGAUACUUGAGUGCACCUCCUUUGACUAAAACUCAUCCAAAGUGGUUCAACAAGACUCCUCAGCAUAGUAGGUGGCAUGUAACGUAUAAACCUAAUAAAGAGAAUUUAGGAAAAGAUCAUUAUGUACAUCAGUAUACAUUUGGUGCUGUCAAACGCAAACCUAUUCUGAGUCUACGAUCGCAGUUACUUUACAUUACAUGUCGACCAAUUUACGUUCGUCUUGAAAAACUCACCGAUGAAGAAAUAGAAGAUUUAAAAAAUCAUCCAUGGAAAUACAAAUGUCCAUCGCCAGACCUAUAUCUUAAACACCAUUCUCGUAUUGUUAUGAGGAUAGGAAGAAAAAUUGUAGGGGGAAGUAAACGUAAAUAUUAUAGUAAUGUACAAGUUAUUCCUGCUAAAAAAGGAAAAAAUUCAAAAGCUGGAGUUAAUAAUAAUAAUAAUUAUUAUAAUAAUAAUUCAUUACUUGCAUCUGAUCAAUCAAUUGUGAGAACGCCAGUAAUACAAAAAACAGUUGAACAAAAAAAGAUCUUGCUAGUCAAUCUAUGUUCUUCAGAUGAAGAAGAUGGUGGUACUGAUAGUCGUAUUUCAUCAGAUGAAAAUCGUGACCCUUUAAAUAAAUUUGAAAGUUCUUCCCGUACUGCAUGUCUCAAAAAUCUUGCACUUCAACCGACAAAAUGUCUUUCAAAUGGUCUCGACUUUUCAAAUGACUCUAUGCAUGAAAGACUGCGCGACAGUAUUCUUACUGAUGACAACGAUAAAUCUAGUAACAAUAAACGUCUUAUGAAUAGUGUAAUAGAUAGUUAUAAGAAUUUCUCACCAAUCUUUAAACCAGCACCAUAGGAAUAUAAAUGUUACAAAUCUGGAAUAUUUUCGGCUGGAUAUACAUCUCUUCUCUAAAUGUGUUAAGUUUGAGUAUUUUUAUAUUACGUCAAUUUUGUCGUACAAAUUUACAAAAUUGAUGAGCCAAAUAAAAGAGAUAUAAUAAUUAUGAUAAUAAUAAUAAUAUAAAUAAUUAAUUAUAUUGAGAUUUUGUCUCGAUUAAAGAACAUAAGCCUCUGUUUUAGUAAACAUAUAUUUGUAUUUUUAAUCAAAGUAUUUUUCUUUAUGAUUUAAGUAAU